AACUCAAUGGUUUUGGCUUAUUCGAGCUCUCCUGCAGGCUCUCUUGGAGCUCUGUUGGGCGCUGUCGGGAGCUUCUCGGGCCAUCUUGAGGCCAGCUUGAAGCCAUCUUGAUAUUUGCGACGGCAUCUGCGCUUGCUUCCGUUGUGGGCGCCGAAAUGCAUCUCGUUCAGAUGUCGGGCUGAAUGGUUCAGAGGUGGCAAAGUGAACGGCGUGUAGUAUUCUUCAGAUUUGGAAUUCGGCAGAAUCCUCCCGACAUUGCAGUAGCGUUUGGAACAAUGACGCGGUGGGGACUGGCCACGCCCAGUCCAUGCUGGAUUCGGCGCAAGCUUGGUCCGCUGCGACCAACUCAGUCGGACAGUGGAUGCAGAAUGAUCUUGGAGGUCCACAGGUGGUAUUUGGCGUUGUAACCCAAGGUAGAACAGUGCACUCGCAACGGGUGACCGCGUACACGGUGGCAGGUUCGGUGGAUGGCCAGUCUUGGGAUGACAUCGACAGCGCGUUCGCGGGACGCAGCGAUGGCGACGCGAAGGUGACGGGAUUGUCAUCGAUUGGAAGGGAAGUUCGCUAUGUCCGCAUCAAGCCCCAGACAUGGUAUGUCUAUAUGUCUAUGAGGGCUGGCGUGCCACUUUGCGACGCAGCUUCGACGAGAAGCCCGACGAGCAGCCCGACCUCGUCCCCGACGCCCAGUCCGACGAGCAGCCCGACAAGCAGCCCGACCUCCAGUCCGACCCCGCUCCCGACGCCCAGCCCGACGCCCAGCCCGACGUUUAAUCCGACGCCGACACCGACGCCGAACUCGACGCCGCAUCCGACGCUCAGCCUGACGCCCAGCCCGACGACAAGCCCGACGCCCAGCCCGGCGCCCAGUCCGACGCUUCCCGUCGGUCCCGCCGCGGGCGUCUCUGGAGGCGGGUCCGGGGCCGCCGCAGGCGACCCGCACUUGCAGAACAGUGUUCGACCUGAUGAGGCCAAGCAAGCAGGUCUUGACUCAUAUUCCAUGGAACCAGCAUGUCGAGAACGCCCUCCUUCGUGUAGUGGCUGACGCGCAACAGCUGGGUGGGCACUGCGCGGACGUGUACUUCCAGGGGCUGAAUACCUCAGGGGCGUGGGUCGAUGCGAAGCGGACCGGCGGUCUCCGUUUCCACGCAGAGGACGUGGGCGAAAUGACACCGACGUGGGCAUUUGCAGCAGGGGACCCAGUGUUUCAACUUCUACGUCAGGCACCUCGAGCUCGCUGGGUUUGCGGUGGGAGGGUUGCUGGGAGAAGAUGAUCGCACGGAGGCAGCGACGCCUUCGCGGGCGUAUGAUCGGCGCGUUCCCCUCUUUGAUAGCAUCGGCGCGGUCAUUGGGCCUCCGAAUUAUCGGUCGUAGAAGCCCGGGCCUCUAUGGCGACAUCUGGCACGCGUUUGUUCUGCAUUCGUUAAAAAAGAGGACCUCCUGUUUCAAGGAACGUCAGUAGGUUCUGAGACUUCUGUGCUGUGUUCGUGCCACUUCGCACAACUGUCAGUGGCUGUCUGUUGUACAGAGCUUCUGAUACUUCUGUGCGUAGCUCGCGCCAAUCGGCACCAUUUUCCGUGGCUGUCCGUUGUCCAGGGUUUCUUAGGCUUUUGAGCAAGGCUUGCUCCAAUUAGCACCACUCUCAGUGGGUGUCUGUUCUACGAGGUUCCUGAGACUUCUGUGCAUGGCUUGUGCAAGCUUGCACCACUGUCAGUGGCUGUGCGGUAGGAUCUGGUUGCCACUCAAGCCACAGUUUUGAGGCUGCUGCGUGGGUCCUAUCCCCUAGUAUGUCUGUGCUGCGGUCCACGGGAGCCGCUGCAGGAUACUGGCGCCCAGCUGUGAGGCGUUCAUCCUUGGGGUCUCGUCCACCCUUCAAAAAAGACAGCUCAAGAGGUACCCAGGACCGCCCAGGACGGCCCCAGGACUGCCACGAAUACCAAGCGUCAGUGCGACUUCAGACA